AUGGCAUUGAAGGGCUCAAUUAGAGACCUUUUGGUCUCUAUGAUCGGUGAAUUUGUUGGAACAUUUCUAUUCCUCUUUUUCGCAUUCGGUGCGGCACAAACAGCGAAUCAACCCAACGGAACCAAACCUCUUGCACCCAACGCAACCGAUCCAUCAAAACUUCUGUUUAUUGCCCUUGCAUUCAGCGCCAGUCUCGCAGCAAACGUUUGGAUCUUCUUUCGUGUCAGUGGUGGGCAGUUUAAUCCGGCUGUGACCCUUGCACUCGUGAUCAUCAGAGCAGUGUCUCCUUUGAAAGCAUUGGUACUCAUUCCUGCUCAACUUGCGGGUGGAAGCUUAGCUGCAGCAGCAGUGAAAGGUAUCAUACCGGGUAAUGAUAUUCUUUUCGCAGUAUCGCUCGGACCGGGCGUCACACACGUUCAAGGCUUGUUUAUCGAACUCCUCUUAACCUUUAUGCUCGUUAUCACCAUCCUCAUGCUCGUUGCUGAGAAAACGAAGUCUACUUUUCUCGCACCCAUUGGUAUUGGAUUCUCUCUCUUCAUCGGCCAUCUUGUCGGUAUAUUCUGGACGGGAGCAGGAAUUAAUCCAGCCCGAGCAUUCUCACCAGCCCUCGUUCAAGCCUCAUUCCCAGGCUAUCAUUGGAUCUACUGGCUUGGUCCUGCUUUAGGAUCGUGCCUUGCCGCAGCAGUGUACCUGGGUUUAAAAGCAAUGAAGUAUGAAUUGGUGGGUGGAGAUGCGGAUAAAGAAAAGGGAGAGGAAGGUUUAACUAUGCAGCAGGCAGACGUUAUCUUAGAAACCCUUCGUGGAUUACCUAGAGCGAUGCAAACUUCGGGGACUACUACAGGACAGUCUGAUGGUAUGACAGAAUCUCAAAGGGAUUGGUGGAGGUUGAGUGGCUUGGACAUGUAUAAGAUGGAUGAGAAGAAGGCCCAUUAUGGAAGUGAAAACCGAGACCCCGGGGAUUUGGAAAGGGGUUUCGAUGUCAGAGUGUUGGGGGACGAUAUGAAGAUUCGGAAGAGUCGAUUCGGACCUAACGAUCCUGCUAAUUUUCCUACCUGGGUCAAGUAG